UCCAAAAAAAAAAAAACAGACAAACAAAAACACACUUGUUCUGAGAGGUUCAUGGCAAAAACGUGAAUAACUACAAUUCGAGUGUCACUUUACUCUAAGCAACAUCUACCUCGGUCCCAUCGAACACCUCUCCUCCCAACCUAUACAUACAUAUACAUAUAUACAUACACUUGGUACUUCAUUUGGUCAUCAAGAAUCAAAUAAAAAAAAAACCAUGUUAUCAAGAAUCAUUUCAACAGCAGCCACAACAUACAAUGUCCAUAACAACCUUGUACAUACUCGGCCCAGUAUUGAUUCGGGCUCAAUUCGAAGAAAUGGAUAUUAUAUGUGUAACCCACAAAAAGUUGGCCCUGUAAUGAUGUACAAAACCGGUUUACAGACGAAUAACGUUGCGGUCGGGUUAAUUAAGGAAACCGAAAAGGACAAGAAGAGUUUGGCAGAUAAGUUGAGGUUAGGAAGUUUGACAGAAGAUGGAUUGUCAUAUAAAGAAAGAUUUAUUAUAAGGUGUUAUGAAGUUGGGAUUAAUAAAACUGCUACCGUUGAAACUAUUGCUAAUUUGUUACAGGAGGUUGGAGGUAAUCAUGCUCAGAGUGUUGGAUUUUCGACGGAUGGAUUUGCAACUACGACAACUAUGAGAAAGUUGCAUCUCAUUUGGGUGACUUCAAGAAUGCAUAUUGAAAUUUACAGAUAUCCUGCUUGGAGUGAUGUGGUUGAAAUUGAGACCUGGUGUCAAAGUGAAGGAAGAAUCGGGACUAGACGUGACUGGAUUAUUAAAGACCAUGCCAAUGGUGAGGUCAUUGGAAGGGCUACAAGCAAGUGGGUGAUGAUGAACUCGGAUACUAGAAGACUCCAGAAAGUCAAUGAUGAUAUCAGAGACGAAUAUCUGAUCUUUUGUCCCAAAACACCGAGAUUAGCAUUUCCUGAAGAGAACAAUAGCAGCCUGAAAAAAAUAACCAAACUGGAAGAUCCUGCCGAGUAUUCCACCCUUGGACUUGUGCCAAGAAGAGCUGAUCUCGAUAUGAACAAGCAUGUUAACAAUGUUACCUACAUCGGAUGGGUUCUCGAGAGCAUCCCACAAGAAGUCAUCGACACUCAUGAACUACAAACUAUUACCUUAGACUAUAGGCGUGAAUGCCAGCAUGAUGACAUAGUCGAUUCUCUUACAAGUUCAGAAUCACUCAUCUCAAAACUUGAAGGAAGCAACGGAUCUGCUGCUUCCAAAAUAGAUGGAGAAAAUAUGAGCCAAUUUUUGCAUUUACUUAGAUCAUCGGGCGAUAAUCUUGAACUAAACAGGGGUCGCACCGAGUGGAGAAAAAAACCAGCAAAAAGAUGAGCACACCACAUCUCGUAUUGGUUUAUCUACCCCUUUUGUGUCACUGUAUUGUGCAUGUAAGCAUGUCUUUUUUUUUGUUUAGUAUUUACUUCAUCGAUUUCAUCCCAUUUACUUUAGCUAUUUGUUUACCUUCUAGAAUGGACUAGACAUCCGAAUUCUCAAACCGGACAAGUGCAACUCGUUUUUUCUCUUUCUGUGUUGUGUAUGUAGAAAUCAGUUAUCUA